AUGGCAACACGCAGGUCGAGGUCUCCGUCGACCCCUUCUGAGGGUGAGAUCAUCGAAUCAGGUUCAGAGACGAAGGCAACUACGUCGCAACUUCCUCUUAAUGGCACCAGCGUUGACCGUCCCACCAGAGCUAGUACAUCGUCGGCGCCCAGACCUUCCUCGCCAUCCGUGAGCAGCAGAUCGCCUCGCCGCCGGAGAUCCAGAACGAGGUCGCGCUCCCGAUCUCGCUCUCCCUACCGCGAGUACAGAGGAAACAAGCGUCGCCGCAAUGAUGAUGACUAUGACGAUCGGCGGUUUCGCCCCGACUCCUCGCGCCGCCCCGCGUAUCGAUCCGAUGACAGAUAUCAUGAUCGAGGCCAAUCGCACCGGCGUCCGAGAUCCUACUACGACUACGACCGCGAGGACGAUUACGUGACGGGCCUCCGGUACAAUGAUGACUAUGACCGACGUCGCGAGAAGCGCCCCCGCAGCCGUUCCCCCUAUCGCGAAAUUCGGAAACCCAAGCAAUACUCGGGUGACGAGUGGAAGUCCCAGGGAGCGGAGAGUGUUGCCUCUCGGGAUAACAGGGGAAAGUCAUUUACUGAACAGUUGAAACCAUAUGCUGAAACUCGAAAGGAUCAGGUCCAGCCGCCUUCUUCCCUCGCCGCUCGUGUUGAAGAUGGGUAUGUUCCUCCUCGCCGUCCAUUGCGCCGGCUCAAUCAACUGAUUCGCUUUGCUCGCAGUGCAAAUGGAACCGUGCAUGAGAAGGAUGAUUCACAACCCGCAGAACCCGCGGAACCUGUAGAAGAGGUGGACGAGGCGGCCCAAAUAGAAGCUCGCCGUAAACGACGUGAAGCUAUCAGGGCUAAAUAUAGAGGACAGGCGACUCCUUUACGUCUACAGGCACUUCAUAUCGACAGCGAUAGGGAAUCGUCCGCGCCGACCCCGAGCGCUGAUCAAACUACCCCCAACACAGCUGUAUCAGAAACGCAAAGCCCCGCCGCCCUCACGCCCAACGAAAGCGCCGGAGAGUUCCCCGAUUUCAAGGUCGGUACCGACGCCGACUUGGCUAAUACCGGAGCCCCUAUAGAUGGCGCCGAGCCCGAUGAGCCCUCUGCCGCAGACUACGAUCCCACAUUUGACAUGAAAGCUGAAAGGCAAAAACACACAAGCGAAGAUGUUUCCGCGACCACUUACGACGAGACGCAGACCACCAAGCAGGAUCUCUUACUUCCGGACGCGGCUCCGAUCGAGCCAGCGCAACCCAAGGCCAAGGAUCCCUACGAUAUGUUCGCAGAAGACGACGGCGACGACAUGUUUGCGGAAGAUACACAUGAAACGACACAACCCACGCAUGCCUCGGCUACGUCCGCCGUCCCUCAGGCGCAGGAGCUAGACAUCAGCAUGAUGGACAAUUGGGAUGACCCCGAGGGGUAUUAUAACGUGCGACUUGGUGAGCUGAUCGACAGCCGAUACCACGUCCUGCAGAAUCUCGGGAAAGGAAUGUUCUCCUCGGUCGUGCGCGCAACGGACAAGGAGACCGGUCAACUGGUUGCGGUCAAGAUCAUUCGUCAAAACGACACCAUGCGGAAAGCGGGCCUGAAGGAAAUCGACAUCUUGGAACAGCUUCACGAGGCGGACCCGGAGGACAAGAAACAUGUCAUCAAGUACGUGCGGCAGUUCGACCACAAGGGCCACUUGUGCAUGGUCUUCGAGAACCUGAGCAUGAACCUGCGUGAAGUAUUAAAGAAAUUCGGACGAGACGUCGGGCUGAACCUGCGAGCGAUUCGGGCAUACGCGCAGCAGAUCUUCAUGGGGCUCAGCCUCCUCCGCAAGUGCAAUAUCCUCCAUGCGGAUCUGAAACCCGACAACCUGCUGGUCAACGAGCAGCGCAACAUCCUCAAGGUCUGCGAUCUGGGGUCUGCCUCGCCCGCGACCGACAACGAGAUCACCCCCUACCUGGUCAGUCGGUUCUACCGGGCGCCUGAAAUCAUCCUGGGAAUCCCCUACGAUCACGCCAUCGACGUGUGGUCCAUUGGCUGCACCUUGUUCGAACUCUACACGGGGAAGAUCCUGUUCACGGGACGGAACAACAAUCAAAUGCUGCGGUCCAUUAUGGAAUGCCGUGGCAAAUACCCACCUAAACUGCUGCGUAGGGGAUCACUGGCCCAUAUGUAUUUCGAUGACAUGCUCAAUUUCCACAGCACGGAAGAGGACAAGAUCACGGGGCGACUGACCACGCGAAUUCUCGACUUCAAGAAACCCACGCGCGACCUGAAAACGAGGCUCCUGGGCAAAGGCACCCGAGGGAUGACAGACAGCGAGGCGAAAGAACUGACGCUGUUUGUGGAUCUCUUGGAUCGAUGUCUAAGUCUGAAUCCGGAGAAGCGAUGCACGCCAGCGGAGGCGUUGAAGCAUCCGUUCAUUGCGCGGCCCAAGACCUAA